UCCUGUCGGGGAACCUCUCGGAGAUGCAGGCGAGGCUGCACGCCGUCGCGGCGGAGGACGGCGGCGCGAGGGACUUCCAGAGGGACGGCUUCGACGACUACUGCAAGAGGAUCUUCCCCUACUUCGACAAGUGGAGGAAAGCCUACGGUGACACGUACCUGUACUGGCUCCGGCAACGGCCGGCGCUGUACGUGACGGACCCGGAGCUGAUCAGCGAGAUCGGGCGGUGCGUGUCGCUGGACAUGGGCAAGCCCAAGUACCUGCAAAAGGGGCAGGAGCCUAUCUUCGGCGCCGGCAUCCUCAAGUCCAACGGCGCCUGCUGGGCACGCCAGCGCAAGGCCGCAGUAGAUGGCGCAAAGGGCGGCGCCGGCGUCGCCGCGGUGGAGGUCGACGCCGACAUCCGGAGCUUCUCGUUCGACGUCAUCUCCAGGGCCUGCUUCGGGACGGAUCACUCCAGGGGGAAGGAGAUCUUCCUCCGGCUCCGGGCGCUGUCCGGGCUCAUGGCCGAGACCAGCGUCAUCUUCGCCAUCCCGUCGCUGAGGUACCUGCCGACGGAGAAGAACCGGCGUAUCUGGAAGCUCACGCAGGAGAUCCGGUCGCUGAUACUGGAGCUUGCGAGGGGGCGCCGGGCGGAGACGGCGGAGCAGCGCGACUUCCUGAGCUCCAUCAUCGAGAGCAGCGGCGACCAGCCACGGCCGGACGACUUCGUGGUGGACAACUGCAAGAACAUCUUCUUCGCGGGCCACGAGACGAGCGCGGUCACCGCCACCUGGUGCCUCAUGCUGCUGGCCGCGCACCCGGAGUGGCAGGAGCGGGCGCGCGCCGAGGUCCUCGAGGUCUGCGGCGCCGCCGCGGCGGAGCCGGACUUCGACAUGGUCUCCAGGAUGAAGACGCUGGGCAUGGUGGUACAGGAGACGCUGCGGCUCUUCCCGCCGUCCUCGUUCGUGGUCCGGGAGACGUUCCGCGACAUGCGCCUGGGCCGGCUGCACGCGCCCAAGGGCACGUACCUCUUCGUGCCGAUCUCCGCCAUGCACCACGACGCGGCGUCGUGGGGCCCGACCUCGCGCCGCUUCGACCCGGGAAGGUUCAAGGACGGCGUGGCGGCGGCGUGCAAGCACCCGCAGGCGGCGUUCAUGCCCUUCGGACUCGGCGCGCGCACCUGCCUCGGCCAGAACCUCGCCAACGUCGAGGUCAAGACGCUCCUCGCCGUCGUCCUCGCGCGGUUCGCCUUCACGCUCUCGCCGGACUACAGGCACUCCCCGGCGUUCCGGUUCAUCAUCGAGCCGGAGUUCGGGCUGCGCCUUCUCAUACGCCGUGUUGGCGCAACUCAGGACGGCUGCAAUUGAUAUACUACGUGUAUCACCAAAGAUCGUCUUGGUCGAAUUGGGCUUGGUUGAAUACAACGACUAGUUAGCUAGCACAUCGAAAAAAAGAGAGUUCAAUAUAUGGACAUCAAAAUGUAGCAUGAUUAUACUCGUACGAUAGCAUUUGUCAGUAAGUAAUACUCCUACAUGAUUUAACUGAUGAGCUCCAUUUCUGACAUCCAGACAUUGAUCCAUCUGAAAGAUUCUGAAUGAGGCGACAGUA